UUAUUUUUACUGUUCCAUACCCAGUUAGUAUUUCAAUUAGUAGCUGAGAACGGUGUCCAAUUAAAAGUUGGAUUUCCCAACUCAUCCGGGAGUGGGUCGAUCCGGGUCUGGAUCUAGGAGUCACAGAUGCCUCGUUAGGUUAAUCAUCCAAUUUUACUUGAAUAAUCUCGCUACAUUUGGUGAAUGUCGUUAUAUUUUUACCUUUCAAUAACUUCUACCAGUCAUACUAACCCAAUUUAGAUCUCUAUUAACGAUGAAAAUCAUCAUCAUCGGGGCGGGACUGAGCGGCCUCAGCACCGCCAUCGCGCUCCGCAAAUUUAUCCCCGCCAGUCAACCCCUUGAAGUCAAAAUCUAUGACAUUAUUAACCCGGCUACCGGCCAAGCUACAGAGCAAACCACGCCUCAGGUCAGUACUAGUCGGCCAGGCGCCGGGUUGGGGCUCCAAGCCAACGGACUUCGUGUUCUGGAAGAGCUCGACCCGGCGCUGAAGCGGAGAGUUUAUGCGGCUGGAUUCCCGUGUACGCGCUUCACAUGGAAGACGGCUAGUGAUUGGCUGUUGGGCCAUGAAUAUGCCGAGGUCUUGCCUAUCUCACGUCCUCUCCUCAUCAACUGCCUCUACGAAACUCUACCUUCCGGUUUAGUGAUUCAGAAAAAAGUAGCUAGGGUGAUCGCGCGCCAAGGAAGAAAACCUGUGGUCCAAUUCGAAGACGGGUCGCCGGACGAGACGGCGGACCUUGUCGUCGGUGCAGAUGGGAUCCGUAGCACCGUUCGUCACGACUUGUUCGGCAACGAUGAGAAAUACCGUCCUCAAUACGUUGGUAUCUGUGCAGUCGGAGGUGUACUCGAUGUUCCACUACCAAAACACCUUCUUGAUAACCCCAGCAUGCUCUUCUUCAUGGGCUCAACGGGGGUAUUUGGCUAUUCCGGACUUACCCAGUCGGACAAAACCAAGCUCCUCUACUGGUCCGUUUACGAGACGGACCUACCAGGUAGAGGCCUCAAGCUAGACCACGACCUGAUGCUCCAGCAGCUCCGUGAGCGCCACGGGAAUUGGACAGACCCCCUUAUCGGCCAGUGCUUAGAAAAAGCAUGUCUCGAUAAUGUCUACCCCAUCUUUGUCAUGCCAGAUCUACCCUACUGGGGUCGUGACGGGUGCGUCCUCGUCGGCGAUGCAGCUCACGCUUUGCCGCCGAGAAGUGGCCAAGGCGCAAGCCAGGCUUUUGAGGACGGUGAGGCGCUGGCGCUCCUUUUAGCUGGUUACCUCGAGAAGGGGCAUGAUCUAAACGAUGCCAUAUCUCACUCGAUUCUCGGACUGUUCGAGGUCCGCGCCUCGAGAGUUAACGGCAUCAAAGCGGAUGCUCUACGAUGGAAAGACCCGAAAAUGCCGAUGUCAUGGUUGAAGACUAUUGGCCUUUAUAUUUCUCUGUUUAUAUUGGUCAGGGUGAGGAAAGUCUUGAACAUUUUCACUCGCAGGGACUUAUGGGACGUGCGAGACGCAGUGAGUAAGUAUUUGGCGUAGUAAGACUCGGGCUGUUUAGAUAUAUCGUAUGUACGUGUUCAAGGAUAAUAUUUGCGAUAGAGAGAGGUGACAGGCUGUACAAUAGCACUGAUAGCGUGGGGCUACCUAGACUCCCCUCAUAUCGACGAAAUGUAUUAAUUACAUCGGAUGGUUUCGCGUUUUCCGAAACGGAGCCACGUGGAUAAAUUAAGAAGGAAUCAAGGAUACGCGAAAACGAAGCUUGAAAAAGUUGGCUGUGCAACGCCAAAACUGGAGGAAUAAGCUAGAGGUUGGCUUGGUUCAAGGUGGCUUAGUUGUUAGCGAACAAUUAAGUGACGUCAUAUAGAUACUUCCUAUUCGUACGUAGGUACAUUUAAUCUUACGUGCACUCAUGCAUACAAUACGAAC